AUGACUUCUUCUUCGUCACCCUUGUCCUCGCCCUUGUCGCUGGAGCUGCUGCUGCUGCUGGACUUCUUCUUGUCGGCAAGCUCCUUAAGCUUGUCUUCGAGAUCGUCGACCUUCUUCUUGAGAUCGUCGGCAUCCUUGGCCUUCUCUUCGAGAUCGUCGACCUUCUUCUUGAGAUCGUCGGCAUCCUUGGCCUUCUCUUCGAGAUCGUCGACCUUCUUCUUGAGAUCGUCGGCAUCCUUGGCCUUCUCUUCGAGAUCGUCGACCUUCUUCUUGAGUUCGGCAACUUCGGCUGGGUCGGCCUUGGCUUCGUCUUCGUCCUUGCCGGAGCAAACAACUGGGGCAUCCUCGGCGGCGGACUCGGCAACUGGUGUAUCGGCAAGCUUCUUCUCGAGAUCGUCAACGCGCUUGGCAAGCUCUGCAAGAGCUGGUGUGUCUUCGUUCUCGAGGGCCUUGAGGGCGGCUUGGGCGGCUGGGCUGAUGACUUCUUCUUCGUCACCCUUGUCCUCGCCCUUGUCGCUGGAGCUGCUGCUGCUGCUGCUGGACUUCUUCUUGUCGGCAAGCUCCUUAAGCUUGUCUUCGAGAUCGUCGACCUUCUUCUUGAGAUCGUCGGCAUCCUUGGCCUUCUCUUCGAGAUCGUCGACCUUCUUCUUGAGAUCGUCGGCAUCCUUGGCCUUCUCUUCGAGAUCGUCGACCUUCUUCUUGAGUUCGGCAACUUCGGCUGGGUCGGCCUUGGCUUCGUCUUCGUCCUUGCCGGAGCAAACAACUGGGGCAUCCUCGGCGGCGGACUCGGCAACUGGUGUAUCGGCAAGCUUCUUCUCGAGAUCGUCAACGCGCUUGGCAAGCUCUGCAAGAGCUGGUGUGUCUUCGUUCUCGAGGGCCUUGAGGGCGGCUUGGGCGGCUGGGCUGAUGACUUCUUCUUCGUCACCCUUGUCUUCGCCCUUGUCGCUGGAGCUGCUGCUGCUGCUGCUGGACUUCUUCUUGUCGGCAAGCUCCUUAAGCUUGUCUUCGAGAUCGUCGACCUUCUUCUUGAGAUCGUCGGCAUCCUUGGCCUUCUCUUCGAGAUCGUCGACCUUCUUCUUGAGUUCGGCAACUUCGGCUGGGUCGGCCUUGGCUUCGUCUUCGUCCUUGCCGGAGCAAACAACUGGGGCAUCCUCGGCGGCGGACUCGGCAACUGGUGUAUCGGCAAGCUUCUUCUCGAGAUCGUCAACGCGCUUGGCAAGCUCUGCAAGAGCUGGUGUGUCUUCGUUCUCGAGGGCCUUGAGGGCGGCUUGGGCGGCUGGGCUGAUGACUUCUUCGUCACCCUUGUCCUCGCCCUUGUCGCUGGAGCUGCUGCUGCUGCUGGACUUCUUCUUGUCGGCAACAUCCUUAAGCUUGUCUUCGAGGUCUUCUAA